ACGGUGAACACAAUAAAGACAAGAUACAUUUUGCACAAUGGAAACUGUGGAAUCAACAAGUACCAAGUGGCAAUAGCAGCAGUGAAUGUAGUUGGUGUGGGAAAGAAAUAUGCCAGUCCGUACUUUAGCAUGGAAGUACUAAGGAGUGUUUCAAACUUUAAAACUGAUCUAAGUGGAGAUUUUCCAGUUUUAAAGCUCCAGCUACACAGCAACUGUCUGGACGACGUCAUAUAUCAUGUUGAGCUCGUCCCAACCUAUUCGUCUGGUCCCUCACUUAACCUGCUGAGCAAUACCACGCAAUUCGGGCAAACGCUGCUUACCCUGUCAUCAGAACAGGUUACAUUCAAUGAAUACUACAAAGCCACUGUGAGAAUUCAAGGUUUUCCUAUGUUUCAGCAUCACCUCACCUGCAGUACAUUUGAUGUACAGAGUGUGACCAUCAAGGAAUACAGUGGAUAUGUGCACAUCACGUGUCACUUUGCAGUUGGCUCAAAACUCAAAGAGUGUAAGAUUGUCUUGAGAUCUCACGAGGCGAUGAACCAAGGCAGGGACUCUCGUCAUGUCUACACUGCCAGUAGAAUAGCUGGGAGUCUAGAGGCAGCCACUGUGAUAGUUUUACCAAAUGGAAAUUAUACGGUUGAUGUGUUUGAUAAUGAAACGGAAUAUCCAGCUUACUCUACAGAGUUGACCAUAUCUUAUGCCCAACUAAGGGAUAAAACAGGCUUAGCAAACACAAACAUGAUGAAUCAGCAGAGAAGCAGCAUAAAUACAUCAUGGAUGACAACCCAGUGUAUAUGAUCCAU